GCCCCAUUUCCCUCCAAGAAGAGCUCCUCAUCGAUCGUCUCCCCCGGCUAGCUCUUCUUCCACUCCUCCCAUAGCUUCCCAGCGACCAACACCCACCUCCACCUAGCAAUGGCAGGCAACGGCCCCAUCUGCGAGAAGGACCCGCUCAACUGGGGCGCGGCUGCGGCCGAGCUCACCGGCAGCCACCUUGACGAGGUGAAGCGGAUGGUGGCGCAGUUCCGUGAGCCGGUGGUGAAGAUCGAGGGCGCCAGCCUCCGCGUGGGCCAGGUGGCGGCCGUGGCCCUGGCCAAGGACGCGUCGUCCGGCGUGUCCGUGGAGCUGGACGAGGAGGCGCGGCCCCGCGUGAAGGCCAGCAGCGAGUGGAUCCUGAACUGCCUCGCCGGCGGCGGCGACAUCUACGGCGUCACCACCGGCUUCGGCGGAACCUCCCACCGCCGCACCAAGGACGGGCCCGCCCUCCAGGUGGAGCUCCUCAGGCAUCUGAAUGCUGGAAUCUUCGGCACCGGCGCCGACGGCCACACGCUGCCGUCGGAGGUGGUCCGCGCCGCCAUGCUGGUGCGCAUCAACACCCUCCUACAGGGCUACUCCGGCAUCCGCUUCGAGAUCCUCGAGGCCAUCACCAAGCUCCUCAACACGGGCGUCAGCCCCUGCCUCCCGCUCCGUGGAACCAUCACCGCGUCCGGCGACCUCGUGCCACUGUCCUACAUAGCCGGCCUGAUCACCGGCCGCCCCAACGCGCAGGCCACCACGACCGACGGCAGGAAGGUGGACGCCGCGGAGGCGUUCAAGGUCGCCGGCAUCGACGGCGGCUUCUUCAAGCUGAACCCCAAGGAGGGCCUGGCCAUCGUCAACGGCACGUCCGUUGGUUCCGCGCUCGCCGCCACGGUGCUGUUCGACUGCAACGUCCUCGCGGUCCUCUCCGAGGUCCUGUCGGCCGUCUUCUGCGAGGUGAUGAACGGCAAGGCCGAGUUCACCGACCACCUCACCCACAAGCUCAAGCACCACCCGGGCUCCAUCGAGGCCGCGGCCAUCAUGGAGCACAUCCUCGCGGGCAGCGCCUUCAUGGGCCACGCCAAGAAGGUCAACGCGAUCGACACCCAGCUCAAGCCCAAGCAGGACAGGUACGCGCUCCGCACCUCGCCGCAGUGGCUCGGGCCCCAGAUCGAGGUCAUCCGCUCCGCCACCAAGUCCAUCGAGCGCGAGGUCAACUCCGUCAACGACAACCCCGUCAUCGACGUCCACCGCGGCAGGGCGCUCCACGGCGGCAACUUCCAAGGCACCCCCAUCGGCGUGUCCAUGGACAACACCCGCCUCGCCAUCGCCAACAUUGGCAAGCUCAUGUUCGCGCAGUUCUCCGAGCUCGUCAACGAGUUCUACAACAACGGGCUCACCUCCAACCUGGCGGGCAGCCGCAACCCGAGCCUGGACUACGGGUUCAAGGGCACCGAGAUCGCCAUGGCGUCCUACUGCUCUGAGCUGCAGUACCUCGCAAACCCGGUCACCAACCACGUCCAGAGCGCGGAGCAGCACAACCAGGACGUGAACUCGCUCGGCCUCGUCUCCGCCAGGAAGACCGCCGAGGCCGUGGACAUCCUCAAGCUCAUGUCCUCCACGUACAUGGUGGCGCUGUGCCAGGCCGUCGACCUCCGCCACCUCGAGGAGAACAUCAAGGCCUCCGUGAAGAACUGCGUCACGCAGGCGUCCAAGAAGGUGCUGACCAUGAACCCCACCGGCGACCUCUCCAGCGCGCGCUUCAGCGAGAAGAGCCUCAUCACGGCCAUCGACAAGGAGGCGGUGUUCAGCUACGCUGACGACGCGUGCAGCGCCAACUACCCGCUCAUGCAGAAGCUGCGCGCCGUGCUCGUCGACCACGCCCUCACCACCGGCGCCGCCGAGGCCGAGGGCGAGGCCACGGUGUUCUCCAAGAUCACCAAGUUCGAGGAGGAGCUGCACUCGGCGCUGCCACGGGAGAUCGAGGCCGCCCGCGUCGCCUUCGAGAGCGGCACCGCGCCGAUCCCGAACCUGAUCAAGGAGAGCAGGUCGUUCCCGCUGUACCGCUUCGUCCGCGAGGAGCUGGGCUGCGUCUACCUCACCGGCGAGAAGCUCCUGUCCCCCGGCGAGGAGUGCAACAAGGUGUUCCUGGGCAUCAGCCAGGGCAAGCUCAUCGACCCCAUGCUCGAGUGCCUCAAGGAGUGGAACGGCGAGCCACUGCCCAUCAACGUCUAGAGCGGCGGCGGUCCGUGCGAUCGGGGGAGGCUACAAAAGAGGAGAGUACAUCCAAGAAUAAGGCGCUUGAUUCGUAUAUGUUCCUUCACAUCGUGUCUCUUUUGACCUUCUUUCGUGCGUUGGUGUUGAUCAACGUGUGGUGUUGUUAUUAAUCCAUCGAUUGUGUAGCAGCUCUGCCAUGGCGUGCAAUGCGCACGCCUUGGCUGGCCAGGUUGUUUUUUCCUAAGAUAUAUAUUGUCGUUGUAUUUUUGGGAGUGAA